AUGGAAUCACAUUCAUCCGAAGGUGCAAUAUCCGGCCAAACUGGCCAAAAUAACGGCGCAGCAAGGUAUCAGGGAACUCGAAGGGCGCAUCAUGGUCGCUCACAAUUAACAAUGUCUUACUUUUUUCAGUCAGAGUUUUUCAGAGUUCAGUUAGAGUGCCUUAGUUGUCCAGAUGCCACUCCUGGUUUGACACAUGACAGUGUCACCCAUGGUGUGACUGAUGACAGUGCCACCCCUGGUGUGACGCAUGACAGUGCCACCCCUGGUGUGACGCAUGACAGUGCCACCCCUGGUGUGACGCAUGACAGUGCCACCCCUGGUGUAACGCAUGACAGUGCCACCCCUGGUGUGACGCAUGACAGUGCCACCCCUGGUGUGACGCAUGACAGUGCCACCCCUGGUGUGACGCAUGACAGUGCCACCCCUGGUGUGACGCAUGACAGUGCCACCCCUGGUGUGACGCAUGACAGUGCCACCCCUGGUGUGACGCAUGACAGUGCCACCCCUGGUGUGACGCAUGACAGUGCCACCCCUGGCGUGACGCAUGACAGUGCCACCCCUGGCGUGACGCAUGACAGUGCCACCCCUGGUGUGACGCAUGACAGUGCCACCCCUGGCGUGACGCAUGACAGUGCCACCCCUGGCGUGACGCAUGACAGUGCCACCCCUAUCGUGACGCAUGACAGUGAUACCCCUGGCGUGACGCAUGACAGUGCCACCCCUGGCGUGACGCAUGACAGUGCCACCCGUGGUGUGACGCAUGACAGUGCCACCCCUGGCGUGACGCAUGACAGUGCCACCCAUGGCGUGACGCAUGACAGUGCCACCCCUGGUGUGACGCAUGACAGUGCCACCCCUGGUGUAAUGCAUGACAGUGCCACCCCUGGCGUGACUCAUGACAGUGCUACCCCUGGCAUGACGCAUGACAGUGCCACCCCUGGCGUGACGCAUGACAAUGCCACCCCUGGUGUGACGCAUGACAGUGCCACCCGUGGUGUGACGCAUGACAGUGCCACCCCUGGUGUAACGCAUGACAGUGCCACCCCUGGCGUGACGCAUGACAGUGCCACCCCUGGCGUGAUGCAUGACAGUGCCACCCCUAUCGUGACGCAUGACAGACAUACCCCUGGCGUGACGCAUGACAGUGCCACCCCUGGCGUGACGCAUGACAGUGCCACCCCUGGCGUGACGCAUGACAGUGUCACCCGUGGUGUGACGCAUGACAGUGCCACCCCUGGCGUGACGCAUGACAGUGCCACCCAUGGCGUGACGCAUGACAGUGCCACCCCUGGUGCGACGCAUGACAGUGCCACCCCUGGUGUGACGCAUGACAGUGCCACCCCUGGUGUGACGCAUGGCAGUGCCACCCCUGGUGUGACGCAUGACAGUGCCACCCCUGGUGUGAAGCAUGACAGUGCCACCCCUGGCGUGACUCAUGACAGUGCCACCCCUGGUGUGACGCAUGAGAGUGCCACCCCUGGUGUGACGUAUGACAGUGCCACCCCUGGCGUGACGCAUGACAGUGCCACCCCUGGUGUGACGCAUGACAGUGCCACCCCUGGCGUGACGCAUGACAGUGCCACCCCUGGCGUGACGCAUGACAGUGCCACCCCUGGCGUGACGCAUGACAAUGCCACCCCUGGUGUGACGCAUGACAGUGCCACCCGUGGUGUGACGCAUGACAGUGCCGCCCCUGGUGUAACGCAUGACAGUGCCACCCCUGGCGUGACGCAUGACAGUGCCACCCCUGGGGUGAUGCAUGACAGUGCCACCCCUAUCGUGACGCAUGACAGAGAUACCCCUGGCGUGACGCAUGACAGUGCCACCCCUGGCGUGACGCAUGACAGUGCCACCCCUGGCGUGACGCAUGACAGUGUCACCCGUGGUGUGACGCAUGACUGCCACCCCUGGCGUGACGCAUGA